GAAUGACCAACAGGCCCGACCUGAUCGAUGACGCUCUGAUGAGGCCCGGCAGGUUUGAGGUCAAGAUGGAAAUCAGUCUGCCUGAUGAGAAGGGCCGUGUGCAGAUCCUCACCAUCCACACCAACAAGAUGCGAAAUUUCAACCUGCUCGCCGCCGACGUCAACAUCCUGGAGCUGGCGGCAGAGACCAAGAACUACAGCGGCGCCGAGCUGGAGGGGCUGGUCAGGGCCGCCCAGUCCACCGCCAUGAACCGACACAUCAAGGCCACGUCCACAGUGGAGGUGGACAUGGAGCGAGCCGAGAAGCUGCAGGUCACCAGAGACGACUUCAUGGGGUCCCUCAACAACGACAUUAAACCAGUACGUACCAGGUCUCCUCAGGUCUUUCAGAUCUCCUCAGGGCUCCUCAGGUCUCCUCAGGUCUCCUCAGGCCUCCUCAGGUCCCCUCAGGUCCCCUCAG